GGAGAAUGUCAAAAUCACCACAAGAGUCAGACGUCUACGCACAACUAGCUGCCAGAGACUCACAACCUGAGCCCUUGAAANAGGUCCUCGCCAGAGAACAAGCAAAUUAUGAUUGUUUGAGUUGCAGAGUGAUGGCAACGGCAUUCGGCGCUCUAGGUGCUUACACUUACUGGUCCGGCCAUCGCGAACUCCNNCGCUCACGCGAGCAAGAAAUCCUGAGAUCAGGCUCUAGACUCACCAUGCCUGCUAGGAGACUAGGCAUUACUGGAUUGAGCGGUAUGUUGUUGGGUUUGGGCUUGUGGAGGGCAUUCAUG